GUCAAAUGAAGCCAGAUCAAGGCGGCACAACUCAUAUACAACCAGCAGCUUUUGCAACCAAUGAGUCACACGAAAUGGUACAUGGAAAUUUGGAACAAAACAAGGUGAUAGGAGUGAAAAAAUCUGAGGAAAAGCACAUUUUAGCCCGCACUGUAUUCAACAAAAUAGUCCACUCCAUGUCUUAUUAGGCGCAAGUGCGCUCCGCAGCCCUGCGCGGAUAAACAGCAGCUGUGCGCCGAGGCCGACAGGGAACAAUAAGGAAACCGAGGAGCGAAAAAAAACGCAGGCAAAGACCCCCAAAACGCAUACUGAACCAAAAUAUUAACCGAUUUGUGCACCCAUCGAGGCUGUAUCCGGUGAAUUUGAUAGCAAAAAGUAGCCGGCUUCAUCCGCCUCCCUUCAGCCCCGCCGCCUCCGUCGAAAAAACCGCACAAACUGCGAGUUUUUUUCCUGCACAGACGCAGACGGCUCCGUGCUCUGCAGCGGUCUCCAUUUUACCUCCUUGCCCGGUCGGUACCUCACGUGUCCUGGACUGUCUUUCUCACAUGACCCGUGUGUUUGUCCCCGUGAUCAGCACUUCCAUCUCCGUAUAUCAGUGUCGUUGAAUAUCGCGUUUUAAACCCGCAAACCUUCAUGGAUAUGCUUGAACAGAGUCUGGACAGCUCGACGAGUCACGAGAAACAGGAAACAGAAGAGGUUGUCCAGUUACAGGAAGGAGAAGCGGUGGUGGGGACGGAGGAGCCGACUGCGGUGACCAUCGCCAGUGUUCAGCAGGCUGCGUUUGCAGACCACAAUGUCCAGUACCAGUUCCGCACAGAGAACAGCGGCGGGCAGGUGACGUAUCGGGUGGUUCAGGUGACAGACGACCACAUCGAGGCCACGGCGGAUGGAACCGGAGCCGUCAGCGUCGUCUCCACGGCGGCGUUCGCUGGAGCCCCUCAGGCGGUGGCACAGGCCGUCAUCCAGAACCCCUUCAGCAACGGGGGCAGUCCCGCGGGCGAGACGGUGGGCGGAGAGACGCGUUUCGCCUACUUCCCCGCAGCCACGGUCAGCGACGGGACAGCCACGGCCGUGUCGGUGCAGGCCACCACCGACCCGACGCUCACACAGGCUGGAGGGCAGUUUUACGUGAUGAUGAGCCCACCUGACGUGCUGCAGACUACAACCCCUCGCACCAUCGCACCACGCACACACACCUACACUGCAGACCUUGGUGAAAGCGAGAUGUUGCAGCAUGGCAGUACAAACUGGAAGAUGGACGGGCCGCGGGCACCGAGGGAUGAAAGACGACGAGCACAGCACAAUGAAGUGGAGAGACGGAGGAGAGACAAGAUUAACAACUGGAUCGUCACGCUGUCAAAAAUCAUACCUGACUGCAACAUCGACAGCAGUAAAACUGGAGCGAGUAAAGGAGGCAUCCUGUCCAAAGCGUGCGACUACAUCCGGGAGCUGCGUCAGAGCAACCAGCGACUGCAGGAGAGUUACAAAGAGGUGGAGCGAGUCCAGAUGGACAACGAGCUGCUGAGACAACAGAUCGAGGAGCUGAAGAACGACAACGCACUGCUUCGAGCGCAGCUACAGCAGCACGGCGUGGAGGUGAACGGGGAUGCGACACCACAGUGAUGACAGACUGAUGGGACUCGGCACACGUCACGUCACGAGCACGUCGCAGACUCCCACCUGCCUGAACAAAACCAGGAAAGAAAACUGAAAGGAAAAAAAACACAAGAGGAGCCACUUGGCAUCUGAAAUUGGACAAACACACACACACACACACAUAAACACACACACACACACACACAGCUCAAGAAGAGACGAACAUUGAAGGACUGAAAACUGACGAGGCCUAAUCCUCCUCCUCCUCCUCCUCCUCCUCCAAGCUGAAUGCUGAAGCUCAUAACUCUGUAGCUGACUGAAACUGUCACCUCCACUCAAAGGAAAACCUCGUCACGCCGCCACGCUCGCACCCCAGCUUUCUUUCUACGUCGAAAUCAUGAACCCACUAUGGAAAAAAAAUUCACUCUUAGCAAGCAUCACAACAGAAUUCACCUUUUUACUCGACUGCAGUUUUUCCUUUCACUCUCUUUUGACAUUUGCUGUGUUUGAAAACUACUAAGUGUGACAUGAAUGGAAAAACUCCCUUUUUUUUGUUUUGUACUUUAAUUUAUUAGUGAACAUGUAUACAGGAAGAAAAGACAGACAGAUGCGGUAAAGAUCAUAAUACAAAACCAUAAAGCUGAUUUUUUUUUUCUUCCCACUUCCUUCCCUCCUAAUAGACGAUGAACAAACAACAAGCAAAUCAGGUACUUUGAUCCAUCGUCAUCACUGUUACUAAGGUUAGUUUUACUGUCAGUGGACCAUGUAUGUGUGUGUGUAUAUAGUUAGCUGUUCAGUUUCGGGCAAAAUACCCUUCUUACAGCUCACCCAGGCUGAGACAAGAUGUUUGAUACCAUUUUCACCUCUGUACGUCCACUCGUUCAGUUCCUAUGGGUAGCAUUUCAUGUUAGCUUAGCAUAAAGACUUGAAGUCUAUAGGAGUCGUUAGCCUGGCUCCGUCAAAGUGAAAAAAAUAAACCUUACAGCAAAUCCAAUGCUGUCUUAUUUACACAGUUUAUCAUGUGGAUUUGAAAUAUACAUCUUGGAAUUUUAAAAGGAAGUUUUUUUGUUUUUUUUUUUCACUUUGAUGGAGCCAGGCUAACGACUCCCAUAGACUUCAAGUCUUUAUGCUAAGCUAACAUGAAAUGCUACCCAUAGGAACCAAACUACUGGAUGUACAGAGGUGAGAGUGGUAUCAAACAUCUUAUCUCAGUCUGUGUAAGUCACAAAAAGGGUAUUUUGCACAAAACAUGGGAGUAUUCCUUAAGUUUUUGGUCUACUGACUCUCGAUAUUGACAGUCUGAGCGCCGGGCAGAGCACAUAACUCUCAAUAAACAUGGUCCAAUGUCAGUAUAUUCAGUUAAGGUAAUACUUCUCUGGCAAUCAAAGUGUAAAGAACUUUGAUAGGACAGGCAGUGAGUUUUUAUUUUUAGUGCAAGGCCUUAAUAGAAGCCUGUUGGGAGACGUUAGGUGUUAAAUGUAGCUCAGGUAAUUGGGAUAGUGCACUGGCAGCGGUUCCCAAACUCAACCGAGUCUCCGGGUGCCACGUCUGGAGACAAAUAAGAAUAUCAGCGUUUAUAUCAGGCAUUAAAUCUGGGUUUGUUUUAUCUGCUUAUUUUCAAAGGUCACUGAUGUUAAUGCACUGAUGUGGAGCGUCGGCCUCUUUGUGGCUCAGCAGUCCAGCUGCAUUUUAGUGGAGACCUGAGGUAGCGUUGUAGAUGAUGAUGAUGUUGACGACAACGACGACGACAAUGAUGAUGAUGAUAUUCACAGUUUUAUCUUUUUUUUUUUUUUUAUUUAAUUUUAUUUUUAAAGUUUGGGAACCCUUGCUGCUUAUGAUGUAAAGACUGAAGAUUGCAAACCGACCCUGAUCCGGAGAGCGCUGAGGGACAUUUGGACGCGAGUGAUGAUAGUUGUAACUAACCAGCUUUUGUCUACACUGAAAGCAACCACAGCAUGGAACUCUAACCACUGGCAUGACUAAUUCUGAUACAAUAAAACAGCAAUGUUUAUA